AUGAAUGAAGCAAAGACUGAGCUAGUCACGACCGGCACCUAUUCAAAUGGUACAAUCGCACAGAGCGAGAAGCCCUCCGAGCAGAUUGACGCUACUGGUGCUGCAGACCCUCAGCUCCUGGAUGCACUUGAAAACCCACAGAAUAUCCGCCUUAUUGUGCAAGAAGCAAUCUUGCUAGCUGGCGGCGCAGCUGCAAUUUUGCUGCAGAUUGCUGAGCCUGGCGUCGGCAAAGGCGUGGACGAGCAUAGCAACUUCGCCUAUCGCACCCUUGAUCGCCUACGAACCACCAUGACAUACAUAUAUUGCAUGGCGUAUGGUAGCCGCGAGGAGAAGGAAUCCGUAAUUGAAAUGGUGGAACGUGCCCAUGCCCCAGUGAAUGGACCUGGCUAUAAUGCCAAUGACCCCAAACUGCAACUAUGGGUAGCCUCCACCCUCUACGCUGUCGGCACCGACAUUUACCAGCAGAUCUUUGGACGGAUGAGCGAGGAAAAAGCGGAAGCGCUGUACCGAGAGUACGCCAUAUUAGCUGUCUCGCUUCGAGUCGAAUCGGGAAUGUGGCCUUCCAGCCGAAAGGCAUUCUGGGAAUAUUGGGAUCAUCAGGUUACCAACCUGGAGAUUACUUCAAGCGCAAAAAAUGUUGCGAAGGAUUUGCUUUACAGCAAACACGCGCCACUUAGGGUCCGAGCUGUACUUCCACUUGUACGCUUGACGACUGCGGAAAUGUUACCACCUCGUUUGCGGGAAGCAUAUGGGUUGAAGUCCACUUCGGUUCGACGAGCGGCGAACCGGGUUACUAUGAGUGUCACUAGGGCCACAUAUCCUUUCCUACCCAAAGUCGUCCGCACUUAUCCUAUGCGGUAUUACCUGAAGGACAUGCGGAAACGAUUGAAGAAACACGAGGCAAAAUGA